AUGACAACACUAUUUAUACUCAUCUUCAUAAGUUUUAUAACAUGCUUUGACGCUGAAAAACACUUCAAAAAUGAAAGGCUAAACUACAGAAAAAAUGUGAUCGAUUUCAAGUUUGCCUGGUGCCAAAUGCGCAUGCACAGGUACGAAUGGAAAAAUUUGAUUGGUCAUUGCUUAACACAGGUGUCUUGGGAUGCAAAACCGCUGGACAAAAAGCUUCAAACAAGAGCUAGCAAAAGUUAUGUCAAACAAUUGGAUAUUAAACCUGCAGGAUUCUUCAGCAAGAUUUACAUUCAGUCAGUUUCAGUGAAAAACGAAAAUAAAACAAUCGGUGGGGAUUCUUGGCGCGUUGACAUUCGGGGACCUUCCAACAUGGCAGCUACGGUGUACGACAAAAACAACGGAGUAUACGAAGCUAUGUUUUUGCCAGAAGAGCCUGGGCUGUACAGGGCGGAGAUAACAUUGGAUUAUUCGCUAUGCAAGGGAUUCAAAGAUCCACCAGUGGAUUGGUUUAUGAGAGGCUGUCGACACGGUUCAUUCCAGCCACAUGGGAGCCUGGGUAACAGAACGCAUGAUUUCUUGCAGGGGCGACUAGGAGGCGAACAAAUUACUUUCACUAUUCCCUCACCUUCAACGAUCAUAGCCAAGGAGAUCAAUGCAUUUAAAAAAGUAAGCCAAACAGCCUGCAAAGAGAAAUGUAAUCUUUUAGUUGACGGAUAUGGGUCAUGGAUCGGUGAACAGUGGAGGCCAUAUCAAACAGGCUUCACUGCAAGCCUCGGGAGAUCUGGACACCAACAAGGCCGAGGAAUAUUGUGGGUCUAUGGCGAUUCUCUCAAUCGCUACUUUUACGAGUCUCUUCUAAAACGGCCGCUUUGCUGGCAAGUCUUCCGAGCCUGCUAUCAUACGAUGUUAUGGGUGUAUGUAUUAACACAGAGCGCUAAAGAAGAAAUGAACUUGAUGUUUGGCAGGAAGCCUAUCAACAUUCCCAGGAUCCUUUACGAGCUACAAAACGUAGUCACGCGCUCUGACAUGGACCAAGACAGUGCCCUUAUUCUGAAUGCGGGUGUGCACCUACUGAAGAGCGCGAGUUUUUACAAUUAUCAAAAAGUAAUUAAUGGAUUUAUUAGCGUGUUAAAACGUUAUUACAGGGGAACUGUUAUAUGGAAGAGCACUACUGCCAUUCAUGACCAACGAGAGCUGUACAGUGGCUGUUUUCGACGUUUUCACUCCGAUCAGAGAAUACAACUAUUCAAUGCUUACGCGAAUUGGGCGAUGUGCAAGGCUGGUUUCUUAGUCCUCGAUGUUUACCCCGUUUCAAGCUCCUACCCGAAAGGGACUCUGGAUGGUGUGCAUUUCAAUGAACUAGUGUUUUAUCCCGCAGCUGAAGCAGUGGAGAGAUUUUUCCAGACGUAGCGCUCUGCUACAGUGGAAACGUCACACAAUCCAGACAUCGUAACAUGGCAGGAGAUUUAGUCACAUAAACAAGGUCCGAUUAGUCGACACAAGACACUUCAAAAGGAAAAAGAACAAGAACAAGAUGGAUUACA